AUGCUAAUCAUGAACAAGCAGCACGUCAAUAUCCAGCUCCUGGUCAACAACACCCCGGUCCCAAGGGUGGACAAGAUCAGGAUACUGGGGCAGAUCACGAGUGCUCUGUUUGGAAUCUGCAAGGCAGUAGGAAGCGUCAUGGACACCGUGGACAACCUCAGCUUUGGAAUUAUUGGCUCCAUCAUUGAUCCCGUGAAGUCGGCUCUCGCACUGCUUCCACUCCCAGACUGCUCGGCCAACAGCAUAAAAGGAACAGUGAAGUGCGGUGAUCGCAUUAAAGUCAAGCUUCCCAGUUCCCUCAAAGUGAAGGAGUGCUUCAAACACGUCAAGGGGACGUGCAACCUGAUCAAGGCAGACAAGGGCCCCGCACUUGUGGACCUCUUUGAGACCAUCAGCUGCCUUAGUGGGAAGGCAUUCGACGCGACAACGCCAGAGGGUAUCACCGACCUUGCCUGCGGCGUGAUGACCGGAUGGGCCAAGAACGCCAGGAUCUUGGAAAGCCUUCAAGUCCUGCUGCCUUUCGCUUUACCAGGGCUCGGGAUUGGAAGCAGCUCCAGUUCUAGCUCUACGGCAUCUGAAGACAGCGAAUCAAAAGGACUUGUUUCAAAUGUGUUGGACUUAGUUACAGACCCGUUGUCAAUACUGAAGCCCCACGGAGAUUCUGACAGCGACAAGCCAAAUGGUCUUGUUUCAAGUGUGCUAGACGUUGUUACUAAUCCUUUGCAAGGCUUGGGCUCACAACAGGAUGAUUCUUCAGAUGACAAGCCUAAAGGACUGGUAUCUUCUGUUCUCGACGCCGUUACUAAUCCUCUAUCAGUGCUAGACAUUCAACAUGAUGACUCUUCUGGAGAUAACGAAAAACCUAAAGGACUGGUAUCUUCCGUGCUCGACGUCAUUACUAAUCCUCUGUCAGUGCUAGACAUUCAACGUCGCGAAGACUCUUCUGGAGAUAACUAA